AUGGUCAGUGAUAGUGAGGAAGAAGAUACAGUGGUGAAGAUUGGGAAUGUACUGCAGGAAAUUGAUGAGGAGAACUGGAUUACCAUGGGUGGGGUCGAAGAUAGAUCUGCUUGUACAUUUAUAAGGGGAUAUGUAAAACGACAGGCGCUUUACACUUGUCAGACAUGUUUAAACGUAGACGAAGUAAAAGCUGCGAUUUGUUUUCCUUGUGCGAUUGAGUGUCAUUCUGACCAUGAUAUAGUUGAGCUAUACACCAAACGAUAUUUCAGAUGCGACUGUGGAAACUCAAAAUUUGCUGGUGUUUGUAACUGUCUAUUGUGGGAGGAGAAGGACGAUGAAAAUGAUUUGAACCGGUACAAUGACAAUUUUUCUAACCGAUAUUGCACGUGUCAACGUCCGUAUCCAGACCCGGAUUAUGACGGUGUUGAAGAAAUGAUUCAGUGUGGCAUAUGCGAAAACUGGUUUCACUUGGAGCAUCUCAACAUGGAUAAAGAAUUCGAACCACCCGAAGAUUAUAACGAGAUGACCUGUUUUAUGUGCGUUAAAAAGUACGCGUUUCUAUUUAUGUAUGCAUAUAACACUGAGGAGACGUUCCGGCAAUCUUUUACAAAGAAUUCUAAAAGGUUGAGGAAAACCGUAAAUGAAGGUACGACUCAUCCGGAAGACAGUUCUUAUUGUCGUUUGUCCAUGUGGGCUAGUAAAAUGAAACAACACGUGCCUGAGUUCUGCUGUUCGUCUCUUGAUAACUUGGACAACCUCGACCCCAAUCUAGUACCAUCAGUGUUUUGGAUCUCUGAUUGGAGAAGCUUCCUUUGUCGAUGCGAAAACUGCAAGGAAAUGUACAAGCACCUUAAUGUCGAAUUUCUAUUGGAUCCUGAAGACUCAGUAUCCCAUUACAUGCAACUGGGAAAACAGAGGACUAAAUCAAUUAACGAGGAAGAGAAACGCACACUAAAUGAGGCUCUUGCAGAGUUGCCGCAUCCUGCAGCAGUAAAUUUUGCAACGGGAUUCGUACGACUGAAAGAGGCUCUGGAAGAAUUUUUCACCAAGAAGAGAGAUAAAAACCACAUUGUAACAGAAUCAGAAGUAAAAUCUUUUUUCGAAGACUUUCGGAAGCGCAGUCAAUCGUAA